AUGAAACGUCCACGUCAGCAGCACAAUACAACCUCUCUGCCUCGUGACUUACGGUCCGAGCUCGGGAUUCGCGAUCGGUAUGGCGAGAAGAAGCGCCGACUGAACGGACCUGCCUCACGAAAAGAUCGCCGACAAGCGGAACGGAACGAGAAGAAGUCGAGACCAAAUGUGCAACCACGGAAACAGUACCCUCGUCAAAUGGAGAAGGCAAGUGAUGAUGAUGAGGAUUCCGACUUCGAAGCGCAGAAGCCAUUGGUGAACAAGGGAGGUCAGAAGGCGCUCAAGAAUAAAAAGACGAGGAGGAUUCGAUGGAGGAUUUCGGGGACGAUCGACGAUCUGGACGAGGAUGACGAAGAGGAAGAUGAUUCGGAGAUCGAUGAACCCGAGGACAUAGAAGUUCCUCAUAUUCCGUCGGGUGUGAAAUCUAAACUCGCUCAGGAUGACGCUGAGAUUGCCGCUUUGGAGAAGAAACUUGGCCUUAAGAAGGGCAAAACAUCCAAGAAAUUUGAAGACGAUGGGCUAGAUGACCUACUGGGUGAUUUGGGGGAGGCGUCAGAGGAUGAGAGUAAACAACGGAAACGAGAAGCGGACGAAUGGCUCCAGAACAAGCGAAAGAAGGCCCAGAAACUUCAAGCGCGUGAAGAGGAGGAUGAAGACAGCGAUGAAGACAGUGAUGAAGAUGAUGACCUUGAUGAGGAAAUUUUUGGUGAUGAGAGUGACGACGACGGUGACUUUGAUGGUUUCGACGAGGAAGAAAAAGCUCCUGCGAAGAAACGAGAGAAUCCAUACGUCGCACCAAUCCCGAAGACCGAAAGCUCGCAGCCUCAGAAAUAUGUUCCCCCAUCAUUAAGAGCCCUAUCAGACCCAGAAACGGAGUCUUUAACCCGACUAAAGCGUCAGGCCCAGGGACAGCUGAACAAGCUUUCCGAGGCUAACCUCAUCUCUAUUGUAUCUGAAUUUGAGAAGCUUUAUCGCGACUACCCACGACAGCAUGUCACAUCAACUCUACUCGAUCUGUUGAUGGGGCUUAUCUGCGAAAGGGCUGCUUUGCAGGACACAUUUAUGAUUCUCCAUGCUGGUUUCAUCGCAGCUCUUUACAAGCUUUUGGGAAUGGACUUUGGUGCUGAGAUUGUGCAGAAGAUUGUGGAAACGAUUGAUGCCAAUGGUGAUGAGCGAGGAACAUUCGCAGGCAAAGAGGUUAUCAACUUGAUUUCUCUUUUGUCACAACUCUACAACUUCCACGUCAUUGGAAGCCCGUUGAUGUUCGACUACGUGCGUUCCUUCUUGGAGGAUCUUACGGAGGACAACACGGAACUUCUGCUCAAGGUCAUUCGAAUCUCUGGUCCUCAGCUUCGUCAGGAUGACCCUUCGGCGCUCAAAGAUAUCGUCCUUCUCAUCCAGCCCUCUGUGGCUAAGAUUGGCGAGGACAAGCUUUCGGUCCGCACAAAGUUCAUGAUAGACUCUAUUACCGACCUCAAGAACAACCGCGUCAAGAAUGCUGUUGGUGCCAGCAUUACCACCGAGCAUAUCACUAAAAUGCGCAAGAUUUUGGGUGCUCUGAAUAAUUCUCGAGUUAUUCGUGCUUCCGAACCCAUCAGUAUCACCCGUGCUGACAUUCACGACUCUUCAAAGAAGGGCAAGUGGUGGCUUGUCGGUGCAAGCUGGAAGGAGGACCCGUUGGUCUCUGCUCGGAAAGAAUUGGCAGAUGUCUCAACCGACUCCGAGGAUGACAGUGAUGCUGAGCCUGACCUGGGCGAUCUCGCCAAAGCCCACCGAAUGAACACUGAUGUCCGUCGAUCAAUCUUCGUGGCUAUUAUGUCCGCCAACGACUUCCAAGAUGCCCAUGUCAGACUUCUCAAGCUUCGAUUGAAACGUGCCCAGGAAUUCGAAAUCCCCCGUGUUCUGCUGCACUGUGCGAUGGAGGAGGACGCACAUAACCCGUACUACACUCUCAUUGCACGAAGAAUCUGCGGUGACCUGGGACGCCGCAUUAAGGUCUCCUUCAUGUUUGCCCUUUGGAACAUCUUCAAGAGAAUGGGCGAGAAAGGCGAUAUGGAUGACGAGGAAGCAGACUUUGAUCCUGAGGACGAGGAAACCGCCGUCAGCAUGAAGGCUGUCAUCAACCUGGCUAAGAUGUAUGGUAUGCUGAUUGCGGACGGUAAUCUGACGCUCAGCAUACUGAAGAACCUCAACUUUGCCUACUUGCAGCCGAAGACGAGGACCUUUGUCGAGGUGAUGCUUAUUACCAUCAUCCAACAAUCCCAAAAGAGCAAAAAGGCAAGGAAAAACAAAAAGCUUGCUGGCUCGGAGGAACCGGUUAAGGAUGAAGAGUCCUUGAUGCAAAUAUGCAUGCGCGUCCAAGACGCACCGCACGUCGCAAAGGGAUUGAUUUUCUUCAUUCGCAAGGUCGUCUCCAAGACCGACAUUCUGGAGUCGGAGAAAGACCAGAAGUUGGUUCGCUGGGGUUGUAAUGUAGCUGUGGAUGCACUCAAGGCGAUUCGCGAUUAA